GACUCUGGGCGGGGCUAGCCUGAGUAGGAAGCGCGGAGUCGCCUGGGCCCCACCCCCGACCGAACUAGACUUAAUGAUUGCUCUGUUUACAUGUCAGUCUCGGCUAAGAUGACCUCUUAUUGGACAGACUGGAGCAGGGUUCCGCCCAACGGCGGAGUAAAAGGGUAGGCUGAAGAGUGGAGCCACCGCACCCGGGUGGUGGGCGCUCAGGUCCCAGCCCAGGGUCCGAGAGGUGCUGACGUAGCACAGAGGUGAAACUAUGUAGCCUCUUAAGAAGUUCACUUGGAUCCCCCUGAAGUCCAUAUGGCUCUAUAUGAUGAAGAUCUCCUGAAAAACCCUUUCUACCUGGCCCUUCAGAAGUGGCGCCCCGACUUGUGCAGCAAGGUGGCCCAGAUCCAUGGCAUUGUCCUAGUGCCUUGCAGAGGAAGCCUGCCGGGCAGUGUGCAAGCCUCCUGCCAGUUCGAGUCCUAUGUUUUGGUACCCACGGAAGGACACUUUCAGACCUUAGAUGGAAAGGCUGUCCUCAUCGAAGGAAACAGGAUUAAGCUAGGAGCAGGUUUUGCUUGCUUUCUCUCUGUGCCCAUCCUCUUUGAAGAGACUUUCUACAACGAGAAAGAAGAGAGUUUCAGCAUUCUCUGUAUUGCUCAUCCUUUGGAGAAGAGAGAAGCUUCAGAAGAACCUUCAGCACCCUCAGAUCCUUUUUCCCUAAAAACCAUCGAAGAUGUGAGAGAAUUUUUGGGAAGACACUCAGAGAGAUUUGACAAGAACAUCGCGUCUUUCCACCGGACGUUCCGAGAAUGUGAAAGGAAGAGCCUCCGUCAUCACAUAGACUCCGUAAACGCUCUCUAUACCAAAUGCCUCCAGCAGCUUCUCAGAGACUCUCACAUGAAGGUUCUUGCAAAGCAGGAGGCCCAGAUGAACCUGAUGAAGCAGGCAGUAGAGAUGUAUGUCCAUCACGAUAUUUACGACCUGAUCUUUAAAUACGUGGGGACCAUGGAGGCGAGUGAGGACGCCGCCUUUAACAAAAUCACAAGAAGCCUUCAAGAUCUCCAGCAGAAAGACAUUGGAGUGAAACCCGAGUUCAGCUUCAACAUCCCUCGGGCAAAGAGAGAGCUGGGGCAGCUGAACAAGUGUACAUCCCCACAGCAGAAGCUGCUGUGCCUGCGGAAGGUGGUCCAGCUCAUGACACAGUCUCCCAGCCAGAGAGUGAAUUUGGAGACCAUGUGUGCUGAUGAUCUUCUUUCUGUCCUGUUGUAUCUGCUUGUGAAAACAGAGAUCCCUAACUGGAUGGCAAAUUUGAGUUACAUCAAAAACUUCAGAUUCAGCAGUUCGGCCAAAGAUGAGCUAGGAUACUGCCUGACCUCAGUCGAGGCUGCGAUUGAAUACAUCCGGCAAGGAAGUCUCUCCAUGAAGCCGCCUGACUCUGAGGGAUUUGGCGACAGACUGUUUCUCAAGCAGAGGAUGAACUUAUUGUCCCAGAUGACAUCAACACCCAUCGACUGCCUGUUUAAGCACAUCGCCUCUGGUAACCAAAAGGAAGUAGAAAGACUUCUGAGCCAAGAUGACCAGGACAAAGAUGCCAUGCAAAAGAUGUGCCACCCGCUUUGCUCCUGUGAGGACUGUGAGAAGCUCGUCUCUGGGAGGCUGAAUGACCCGUCAAUUGUCACUCCUUUCUCCAGAGAUGACAGAGGUCAAACACCACUCCAUGUGGCUGCCCUCUGUGGUCAGGCAUCCCUCAUUGACUUCCUGGUCUCCAAAGGUGCCGUAGUGAACGCCACAGACUAUCAUGGGUCCACUCCCUUACAUCUGGCGUGUCAGAAGGGCUUCCAGAGUGUGACGCUGCUGCUGCUGCACUACAAGGCCAGCACUGAGGUGCAGGACAACAACGGCAACACUCCGCUCCACCUGGCCUGCACCUAUGGGCAGGAGGAUUGUGUGAAGGCCCUGGUCUACUAUGAUGUCCAGGCAUGCAGACUGGAUAUUGGUAACGAGAAAGGAGACACAGCCCUGCACAUUGCUGCACGCUGGGGUUACGAGGGCAUCCUAGAGACGCUGCUGCAGAAUGGAGCCCCCACAGCAAUCCAGAACAGACUGAAAGAAACGCCACUCAAGUGUGCAUUAAACUCAAAGAUUCUGUCUAUCCUGGAAGCUCAUCCUCUAUCCUCUGACAGGAGGCCACGGCCUUCUGAGGUCCCUGCACAGUCUCCUACACGCUCUGUGGAUUCCAUCAGCCAGGGCUCUUCUACCUCCAGCUUUUCUUCCAUAUUGGUGAGCUUCCGGCAAGAAGAGGUCAAAAAGGACUACAGGGAGGUAGAAAAGCUUCUAAGGGCAGUUGCUGAUGGCGAUUUAGAAAUGGUGCGAUACCUUCUGGAGUGGACAGAGGAUGACCUAGAUGACGUGGACGACACCAUCAGCACGGUGGAUCUUGAAUUCUGUCACCCCUUAUGCCAGUGCCCCAAGUGUGCUCCAGCUCAGAAGAAACUGGCAAAGAUUCCUGCCAGUGGGCUUAGUGUGAAUGUGACCAACCAGGAUGGGUUCUCACCCCUGCAUAUGGCUGCCUUGCACGGUCGGACAGACCUCGUCCCCCUCCUACUGAAGCAUGGUGCCUACUCGGGUGCCAGAAACACAAGCCAAGCCGUCCCGCUCCACCUGGCCUGCCAGCAGGGCCACUUUCAGGUGGCAAAAUGUCUCUUAGAUUCCAAUGCAAAACCUAAUAAAAAGGACCUCAGUGGGAACACGCCCCUCAUUUAUGCCUGUUCUGCUGGCCAUCAUGAAGUCGUGGCACUGUUGCUGCAGCAUGGGGCCUCCAUCAAUGCUUGCAACAACAAAGGCAACACGGCCCUGCACGAGGCGGUGAUGGGAAGGCAUGCCUUGGUGGUGGAGCUGCUCCUGUUUCACGGAGCGUCUGUUGACAUCCUGAACAAGAGGCAGUACACGGCGGUGGACUGUGCUGAGCCGGAUUCAAAAAUAAUGGAGUUGCUGCAGGUAGUGCCAAGUUGUGUUGCAUCUGGAAACAGCGUGGAGGAGACAGACCACGAGGGUUACGUGACUGUUGAGAUCAGGAGAAAAUGGAACCCCAAAAUGUACAACCUGCCAGAAGAACCUUUUAGGAGACAGUUUUGCCUCAUUAACCCAGGGGGCCGGUUCCAGGAGAAGACGUCAAGGGAGACUAUGGGAAGGGAUAGAAGUGUGCCAGAUCUUACCGGAGGUUCCCUCCAGCCAGAGAAGCAAAGAGUCACAGGGAAGCAGAGUGACUUGUCAGACCAGAGCAGGCAUCAGACCUCUGAGGAAGGAAACAGAGGACUCCCAGAGAGGCCUGUGCCAAGACAGGCUGUUCCAGGACACCGGCCGAUGGUCCGCCGACACACAGUCAAUGAUGCAGCCAUACUCCAGGUCCCAGAGGUGACUGGCCACCUGACCACCCACGAGGCUAGUGUUUCUCAGUCUUAGCAGUAAGGGACUGGUAAAUCUGCUACGGAAACACAAGUCUACAGUAAAAUGGUGAGCAUGAACACAGUAUCGAACUAAGCGUACUUUCAAUAACCAGCUUGAGAGACAGCCCCUCAGAUUUACCACCCUCUCCUCUUCAAAGCUAACUAACAUACUUGAAAAGGAAUGGGAGGGAAUGAACGAGCCCCUCCAUCUCAGCAUUUGGGUUUCCUGGUCACAGGCAGAGGCUUCACCAUCAGUUCUGACCUCCUUUGGCUGGAAGGUGCUAAAUGCCUGUAAGGUGGAUACAUGGGCAAACCUUAUGCUAGAAGGAUCCCCAUAUCCAGAAGUCAGAGAAGCAACGUCAGCCUUAUGGAGCUGUGGAUGCCAGGCAGAGAAGUAUCCCAUUGGGAUGAAGAAACAGAACCUGGAAACACUUGAACUGGAAGAUGCCCAAAUGCUGUUUUGAUGUCCGUCCCAGUGAAAAGGACCUACCAUUCUGCCUUGUUCUACACCGUAUGUACGGGAAAAGUUGGCCGUCACUUUCCCAACAACAUAGACCCCUGGGUCACUGCGCGUUACCUGUAUCGAUUUCCCACUCUCCUUUCCGUUAAGAGCCUCCCCAACAGAGCACACCUGACGGAUGGUUACUGGAGAACAGCUUUGGCACAUCUUAAGUCUUUUGAUUCAAAUUCAAAACUUAGAGCACAAACCAGGUCAGAGUUUAAGUUAGAAUUUGUUGCCAUUGAUUCCUUUUUAUAACUUUCUAUAGAUUCUAUUAUUUUUUUAUGUUCCUGAUCCUAAAGUUGCAGACAUGGGUUCAUCCUGAGUCCAUUUUCAAAGGACUUUGUGAAGGGGAAACGGUUCUGUGGACAUUAUUGGAAAUACUUGUGAAUGUAUAGAAAGGAGGGGCUGAUUAUUUUUCUACAAAGUAAUUUAUGAUUUCUAAUUUUCUAAUGUGCCUUGGAUAUGUGCCAAAUGAUGGAAAACAGUAAACUUUGACUCUUGA